GAAAGCCGGGAGUUGAUUGGAUGCCUGUUGACCGCAGCAGAAGCAGCAGGAAGAGCCGCGGCUGUAAUAAACAAACGCAGUGGAAACGGCUGGUAGCUCCAGGUCCUAGUCCCAAAACCCGCAGGUAUUCACCAAUAAAAAGCCUCAGCACAGACUUAUCAAGACCCCGUCUAGACUCCCGGCAUUACCGGGUCUCAGCCUUAACCAGACCUCCGGGUCUUCACCGGGACCUGCUCGACCGGGGAGACGCUCACCGCACCGGGAGUUUAAAAGGGAUUAAAAGGUCUCUUCAGCCGUCGUCCAGCUCCGAGUGAGAACCAAUAACAGGUCCACUAACCUUAACGUGAACAGGUGAACAUAAGCAGGUGAACAUGACGGAUCUGAGGCGGCGAGGUGGAGGCGGCGACACCGACAACAGCGACAACAUCAGCGACAAGGUAACCCCGGGUUACUGGAGCUCACCUGAGGCUGACGGAGAGGACCGGCUGGCCUGUCCAGGGGAGGCGGAGUCUAAGGAUGCAACCCCUGAUGUGGCCCCCCCCUCCGAGAACACCCCACACUGUCUCAACAAGGCCCUGGAGGGCCUACCACCCAGAUGGAAGAAUUACUGGAUCCGGGGAGUUCUUUCUCUGGCCAUGAUUUCUGGUUUCUUCCUCAUCAUCUACCUUGGUCCCAUCACCCUCAUCCUAGUGGUGAUGACGGUGCAGAUAAAGUGUUUCCAGGAGAUCAUCACCAUCGGCUACCGGGUGUACCGCUCCUACGAGCUGCCCUGGUUCAGGACGCUCAGCUGGUACUUCCUUGUGUGUGUGAACUACUUCUUCUACGGUGAGACGCUGGCGGACUACUUCGGGGCCCUGGUGCAGAGGGAGGAGCCACUGCAGUUCCUUUCCCGCUACCACCGCUUCAUCUCAUUCGCGCUCUACCUGGCAGGUUUCUGCAUGUUUGUGCUGAGUUUAGUGAAGAAACAUUACCGCCUGCAGUUUUACAUGUUUGCCUGGACCCAUGUGACCCUGUUGAUCGUUGUCACUCAGUCCCAUCUGGUCAUUCAAAACCUCUUUGAAGGGAUGAUCUGGUUCAUCGUUCCCAUCUCCAUCGUGAUCUGCAACGACAUCAUGGCCUACCUGUUUGGCUUUUUCUUUGGAAGGACUCCAUUGAUAAAGCUCUCCCCUAAGAAGACAUGGGAGGGGUUCAUCGGAGGUUUCUUCUCCACGGUGGUCUUCGGGUUCUUGCUGGCCUACCUCCUGGCUCAGUUCCAGUACUUUGUGUGUCCGGUGGGCUACAACAGCGAGACGUACCGCUUCACCGUGGAGUGUGAGCCCUCAGAGCUCUUCAUCCUGCAGGAGUACACACUCCCGGCCGUGGUGCAGAACGCGCUUGGGAAGGAGACGGUUCAGCUGUACCCCUUCCAGAUCCACAGCAUCUUCCUGUCUUCCUUUGGGUCGCUCAUUGGACCGUUUGGUGGAUUCUUCGCCAGCGGUUUUAAAAGAGCCUUCAAAAUAAAAGACUUUGCCGACACCAUCCCAGGUCAUGGUGGGAUCAUGGACCGCUUUGACUGUCAGUACCUGAUGGCCACCUUCACCCACGUCUACAUCGGUAGCUUCAUCAGAGGUCCUAACCCCACAAAGGUGCUACAGCAGCUGUUGGGUCUGCAGCCUGCGCAGCAACUCAGCAUCUUCAACACUUUGAGCUCCCACCUGAGAGAGAGGGGCAUGCUGCCCCCUGCUGGACUGUAGUGUGUGUGUGUGUGUGUGUGUGUGUGUGUGUGUGUGUGUGUGUGUGUGUGUGUGUGUGUGUGUGUGUGUGUGUGUGUGUGUGUGUGUGUGUGUGUGUGUGUGUGUGUGUGUGUGUGUGUGUGUGUGUGUGUGUGUGUGUGUGUGUGUUAAACACAUGCAUGUGGGCAGCAUGCUGGGCCACAACUUUUUAUCAAACUACAGUGAACUACUAUUACCCUUUUGAGCGCUGACCCGUGGGACGGACACGGUGCAACCAAGUGUUGAGGUGCGACCCCCGACCCCCAGGGGGCAGACUGGACCCCCCGCCCCCCCAUCAGCCCCUGAGGUAGCAGCCUGGACCCCCCGCCCCCCAUCAGCCCCUGAGGUAGCAGACUGGACCCCCCGCCCCCCAUCACCCCCUGAGGUAGCAGACUGGACCCCAUCACCCCUGAGGUAGCAGCCUGGACCCCCCGCCCCCCAUCACCCCUGAGGUAGUAGCCUGGACCCCCCACCCCCCAUCACCCCUGAGGUAGCAGCCUGGACCCCCCGCCCCCCAUCACCCCUGAGGUAGCAGCCUGGACCCCCCGCCCCCCAUCACCCCUGAGGUAGCAGCCUGGACCCCCCGCCCCCCAUCACCCCUGAGGUAGCAGACUGGACCCCCCCGCCCCCCAUCACCCCUGAGGUAGCAGACUGGACCCCCCGCCCCCCAUCACCCCUGAGGUAGCAGCCUGGACCCCAUCACCCCUGAGGUAGCAGCCUGGACCCCCCCCCCCGCAGGUAGCAGCCACAGUAAGAAUCACAUCUCAGCAGGGUUUACUGUAUUGUUGUAAUGUGAUAACUUUCUACUGUUAGAAUAAUAAUGUUAUAACUCUAUAUUGUUAGAAUAAUAAUGUUAUAACUCUGUUAUAAUAUUGUUAUAACUAUAUACUGUUAUAAUAUUUAUAUUAUCUUAAUGUAAAUUUAAAGCAUAAUUAGAACAUAAAUCAAUAUUAAUGUUAUAACUCUGUUGUAAUGAAAUGUUAUAACUACUGUUCUAAUAGUAAUGUUAUAACACCUUAAGUCACAGCCUCAGCCUGUGUUCACUCCUGUCACCUCAGCUUGCCCUUAGUGUUUAGAUCUGACCUGUGCAUGCAUAGCGAUCACUGUAUAGUACUGUACAUACACUAUGGUAAUGAUGUUCACAUGAAGAAAUGCCUAAAAUAUAAACUUUAAGAAACUAUAUAAAUCUGUAGAUCUAUAUAGAUGGGACUUGGGAUAGGAGACUGCUGUGUAGAAAGUAAACAUUUUAAACCGAUUUAAGCGUGCUAAAGUUGAACUUUGACUUGCGAUUGUGCUUCCUGUGUUCCUGGUGCCUUCUGCAGGGGAGGCUAGACUACAGGGAGCAUUGGUUUUGAAUUUGCUUGACAUUGUUGAUGUUAAGGUUGCGACCUGACGCUUAUUGCAGUGUAUGAUGGGAGACCCAAUAUUACCAGAGAGGUAGAUUUAGCAAUACUUUGAUCUUAUGCAAAUGUCUCACUGAAUCAUUUGAGUUGUGGUUUCUGUUGGGUAGGGUGAAGUACCAUGAUUCUGGUACGGGUUAUACAAAAUUACUUCUGUCAAUGGAAAUGUAUUGUUUACCGUUUUUUAGAUGUUCGAAUGAUAAAAUUCAACAGUAUCAUACCAAUAUAACGUCACAAAUAAUGAAAUGGGGCAAGAUUAUUUUGAUAAACAAUGCAGAAGGCUUUACCAGAGUGCAAUUUGUAAAAUGUUGUCCAAAUUAGAUUUUCUGAGGAAAAUCUUGAAUGUGUUGUUUCACUUCCAGUUGGCUUACGGAAAUAUUUGGGACCAGCUGUUUGAAAAUGAUAUAAUGUCGUCCUCUAGUGUUACCAGGAACUAACGGCUAUAACUAGUAACUACUAUAACUAGAAACUCCUUGUCAGUCUACAGAGUUCAGAUGGAUAUGACAUUUCUUUUUAUUUAUACAGACAUUAACACUGAGUCGGGACCUUUUCUGAUCGUUAGAUAAAGUUCAGCCUCUGAUUGUUGCGUGUACUGAUUCUUCUGAAGUGAUUUUUAAAAGGAGGUUUUGAGGUUAUAGUUGUAACUUGACCAGUUUAGGUUAUCAUGCACUGCAAAUGUUAUGUCAUUUUCAUUUUGUGUAGGUUUGUUUGAUUUGCAAUAUGCUGGAAUGUUUUCUAAUGAAAUAUCUAAUAGCUUUUGAAGUGAGAUUGAACUGUAGAAUCUAUGAUAUGGAAGAGUACUGUUAAUAUAUGGGCAAUGUGAAAUACAAAGAUGUAAUGUAGAACACCACGUAUGUUAUUCAUAUAGUCAUUGCUGGUUGUGGAGAUAUAUACUGUAUUGAGAUGAAUAAAGAAAGUUUAUUUUUUUUCUUUAAA